UGGUGAAUCAAGAUGAAUGUGCUAAUUUCGCUCCCAGCCAUUCUGUGCGGAAUGUACUUUCUUCUGGUCGUGGCCCAUGACGAGCUGCCGACCGGACCGAAGAAUCCCUAUUGCGUGCAGCAGCUCUGUCCCAGGGGCAAGCGUCACAUUGCCUGCGAGAAGCCGCCGAAGGACAUCAACAAGUCGUGCAGUAUUCGGGAGAGCAAGGUAGUGAACCUCACUGACUACCUGGAGAAUAUUCUCAAGGCCCACAACGACUUUCGCCAGCGCCUGGCCAAUGGCCGGAACAUGACCCUGCCCAGAGCUGCGCGCAUGGUUGUGAUGCAGUGGAGCGAGGAGCUGGCCACGUUGGCUAGCUACAAUGUGCGCAUGUGCAAGGCAAAGCACGACGAUUGCCACAACACUGCCAACUUCAAGAACUCGGGCCAAAACAUCAUUCUGUUCAACAUGACUCGGCUGGUGGACAAUGACCUGAUGGAGAAGAUGUAUCCCCAGCUAAUCACCAUCGGCACCCGCACCUGGUGGUCGGAGCACACCAACAGCAGCCGCAAGAUGACAGCUGCCGAUGUGGAGCACAACCCCUGCUCCGCCAUCAAGCCCUACCAGCAUCAGCCCUUUAACCACUUUGCGGUGAUGGCCGUCGAGAACAACACUCAUGUCGGCUGCGCCGGACUGCGAUAUGUGGCCAAGGACAUAUCCUACUUCAAGCUGACCUGCAACUACGCCGAGAGCCACAUGUGCGGCAGGCCGAUCUAUCAUUUCCGCGCCACUGGCUGCACCACUGGGGCCAACGUCCAGUACAAAGCCCUCUGCUCCAAAAAGGAAAUAUUUGCCUAAAUGGAUUGCAGCUUAAAUAGCCACCGAGCUAAGUAGCACUAUAUAUAGCCCCAUAGCAAACCGCAAAUAAAUUGAAAUGAGCAUCCGCUUG